GUGCACCACUGUUUAUUUAGCCUUUAUUAUCUCCUUUUCCUUCUUUUUACAUACAGCACAGAUACCCAUCAAAGUUGGUAUAUUUGAUACUGCUGCUAAUUGCAAGAAGAGACUGCCCAACGUGCACUGUCAGUCAGCAUUUGCUUUUUUGACUGUAAAAAAGAAAGGAAAGUGGUGAGGAAGAAGAGUUAGGCGGCUAAUGUGUGAAGAAUGAGACGAGAGCAGGUAAGUAGAAGAGAUAAAGAAGCAGAUGGGCAACUGUGGUACUAGAGAGGAAUCUGCUGUUAUCUCCAAUGCUCAUCAUCAAGUCCAACAGCAGCAGAAUCAGGGAUUAACGUUGGCAAACCGGAUAGGUAUUGACUCAAAGAAACAUAGUCAUAGUCGCUCCACAUCAGAUCUGAGUGAUCCUUCGACUCCGCGAAACUUAGAGGACUUUAGAAAGAAUGCUAUACUCUACACACAUAUAAUCGCGUUUACUCUUUUUGAGCUGGAAACGAUAACGAAAAGUUUCCGAUCUGACUAUAUACUUGGUGAGGGUGGUUUUGGAACUGUCUACAAGGGCUACAUUGAUGAGAAUGUUCGUGUUGGACUUAAGUCGCUUCCCGUUGCUGUCAAAGUCCUUAAUAAAGAGGGGCUUCAAGGGCAUCGCGAGUGGCUUACUGAAGUCAACUUUCUUGGCCAGCUUAGGCAUCCGAAUCUUGUGAAGUUGAUUGGUUAUUGCUGUGAGGAUGACCAUCGUUUGCUCGUGUAUGAGUUCAUGUUCAGAGGAAGUCUUGAGAAUCAUCUCUUCCGAAGGGCUACUGUUCCAUUAUCUUGGGCCACAAGAAUGAUGAUUGCUCUUGGAGCAGCUAAAGGGCUUGCAUUCCUUCAUAAUGCGGAAAGACCAGUUAUCUAUCGUGAUUUCAAGACCUCGAAUAUAUUAUUGGAUUCUGAUUAUACGGCCAAACUAUCUGAUUUCGGGCUUGCAAAAGCAGGGCCACAAGGUGAUGAGACCCAUGUAUCAACUCGGGUGAUGGGUACCUAUGGUUAUGCAGCUCCGGAAUAUGUUAUGACUGGACACCUUACUGCAAGAAGCGACGUGUACAGUUUUGGUGUAGUACUACUAGAACUAUUGACUGGAAGGAAGUCUGUUGACAAGACCAGACCAAGCAAGGAACAGAAUCUAGUCGACUGGGCUCGACCAAAGCUUAACGAUAAGAGAAAAAUGCUGCAGAUUAUAGACCCUAGAUUAGAUAACCAAUACUCGGUGAGGGCAGCACAAAAAGCUUGCAGUUUAGCAUACUACUGCCUGAGCCAAAAUCCCAAAGCAAGACCUUUGAUGAGUGACGUGGUUGAAACUUUAGAGCCACUACAAUCCAGCGGUGGUAGUGCAAAUGAAGCCUCAUCAACUGGAACUGGUGUUCGAUUUGCCAUAGGGCGGGUCCCAGAUUACCGAACACAUCAUCGUUAUGGUAGCUCUCUUGGUACUGCAGCUGGUUGUCGGUCUUCGAACCCAAAUUGUUCUCCAGGUGGCCCUGCAGCAUGCCGUGUUAGAUAAGGAACGCGGCAUAAUUAAAUGCAGCUUGGAUGUACUGCUGUUGUUCUAUACUUCGAUGUAAAUUGCAGGAGAAAGUAUAGUCUUUUAAGCUUGUUGUGGUUCUUUAAUGGGCAAAUCUGUAUGAGGUGAAGAGCAAGUUGCUGACACAGUUUUUGCUUCUUCCUUUCUUUUUUUCCACAUUGUUGCCUAAUGGAAGAAUUGAAAUGUGUGUUUGGCCAA